AUGGACUUUAGUAGUAGUAUGAGAGAAAGUCAUAUUGAAUUUCCGAUUCCAGAAAAGUUUCCUUAUAGAAAUUCAAUUCCUCAAGAUUCCUUACGAUGUCGGACCAAUUCAAGUUCAAUCGCAUCUUCGAUAACAACACUGUGCGCGGACGCGCUAAUGUUGCCAAAGCCACCUGGGCCUCUGUGGGCCUCAUCUAUGUGAUGGUUAAGAUGCAUCGCCGCAAUGCAAAGCGUCGCGAAGCCACCAAAUAUUGCAAGGGCUGCCAGCAGAAGCUGUUCCAAUAGUUCCAGCUGCUCCUGGUCAACGAUGCUCCUACCAUACAAACAUAGAUGUUAAGCGUUACCCCAAAUCUCUUGUGUUUCGAUUGCGUUCAUAACCCCAUUAAACCCCAAAUAAAAUUUGCAUAUUUUGAACUUCUAAA